AUGGAGCACUCAGACUUGGUGUCUGAGAUGGCUCAGGUGGAGCACCUGACCACACAGGAACGGCUUCACCUAGCUAGGAGACGUCGCAUGCAACAAUUAAAACUAUGGCAGCAGCGAGAGAAAGAAUGGGCACGGUCGAAGACCAAGAGAGAGAAAAGCAACAAACGAAACAUCUUCUUCAGCGACAGCGUGAUGCUGCUCGAAGCGGCUGCCAGGAACGACAUCGAAGAAGUGCGCCGUCUCCUUCAACGCGGUGUGACACCAGACGCGACAAAUGAAGACGGUCUUACAGCGCUACACCAAUGCUGCAUCGACAAUAACGAGGCCAUGAUGAGAUUACUCCUCGAUUUCGGAGCAAACGUAAACGCAGAAGACAGUGAAAAGUGGACUCCACUACAUGCAGCAGCUACUUGCGGCAAUUUAAACUUAGUGCGAAUAUUAAUACAGCGUGGCGCAAACCUACUGGCUGUGAAUGGAGACGGAAACAUGCCAUAUGAUAUUUGUGAAGAGGAAAGAACCCUAGAUGCUAUUGAAAGUGAAAUGGCGGCGAGAGGUGUGACGCAAAGACUUAUCGAUGAUACUAGAGCGGCGACGGAAAUGAAAAUGUUAAUGGAUGUCGCGGAUUUAGUUAAAGCUGGAAUGGAUUUAGAUGAGCCAAGGGAUAGUCAAGGAGCUACUCUGCUGCAUGUAGCGUCUGCAAACGGAUACACCAAGGUUGUGGAGUUUCUGUUGGAGAAUCGCGCCUCGACAGACGUUGUUGAUCAUGAUAUGUGGCAGCCAGUACACGCUGCCGCUUGCUGGGGACAUUUGGAAGUAUUAGAGCUGCUGGUACAUCACGGUGCUGAUCUUAACGUGAGGAAUAAGCACGAUGAGACUCCAGCAGAUAUUUGUGAGGAAGGCGAGAUGCGCGAACGCAUCCUGCGGUUGGCGGCGGAGCAAGAAGAGGUGCGCCGGCGCGCCGCGCUCUCUCCUGGCGAGCGACUACGAACGGCGCGACGUUCAUCUUCCACGGCUAGCGCUAGCAGAGUCCGAUCAGUACGACGCACGUCGCUGCGGGAAAAGCAGAUGGCAGCUAAAGCUGACGCUCGAGGCGAGGCGCGACUUAGAGAAACUUUCGACUCGGCGGUCGACGACGAGUUCCAGGGCCUUACAAAUGGUGUUGAAAACGACCAGAAUACGGCGAACCUGCCCCCCGGCGAUCUGUCACACAAGCGAUUAUCAACAAGCUCAACCACUUCUAACCAAAGCUACGAAUCCUCAAACGUCGACUACGCAGUGCCUAAACACGCGUACAACCAACGUGCAAGGACAGGCGAUGCCAACGAAAAUGACAAAAACGCCUACAUCCCGCCAAAGAUAACCAACCCUCUAUUCGGCGUGAACGCCGCCUCCCACUACACACCAGGCUCCCAACAAGAAGCUAUUAAUGAACAACACAAAUACGAUAGGCCUCUACCCAAUGGCAUACGCAAAGCGCCAGAAGGACAAGACAACGACGCCUUCAAGCCCGAAGACGCUCUAGACGGUAGGGACGAUGUUAUAGUGAACUCAAAUCAGAUCAACCUUACCGAGACCGGCACGGGAACGGCCACGUACACCACCGACAAUAAUGGUAAAAUCAAUGUUCAUGUGACCGUCAUGAUUAAUGCAGGAACAUUGGCCGAUUUGAAGAAACAAAGAGCCCAGAUUCGAACAAACGGGAGCCCAGUGGAAAGCAGCCUGACUUCCACCAAUAAUCACAGCCUGAACUCAAUUCCAGAAGUGUCAAAAGACAUGCCGGUUCAACUUAACCCCUUAACACUGUCACCCAGUUCGGGGAAGGUCCCAAGAUUUUCUGGGAACACCAGUGACGUCGUCGGCGACACAAGAUCAUCACAUAGGUGCUGUAUAAUAAUGUAGAACUUUUGAAUGACUGUUUUGGGUGUCAUCCUGAGGGAUCAAAGGAUUGAACAAAAGUGAGCGUACAAGUCUGAUUUGUCUACAAAAUAUAGCUAGGCGACUGCCAUUUGUCAAAGCAGCUACUGUUUUUUUCUACUAUUUUCUCACUUAUGUACAAUGCAAUAAUUUAAUGACCUCGAAGACGUGAAUCUUCGUAAAUGCUUGCUAAAGUCCAUAAAGUGCAUGCAAAAGGCGGUCCUAGCUAUUUUUAGAAAUUUUGUAAAAAGUGUUGUCGAUGGACGCUGCCAUUGCCAUCGCUUCCUUGUGCAGCAACGGCUUGCUACCGCGUAACAAGUGUGAUUUGCUGAGAGCUCAACAGUUUUCUAGAGGUAAGGUGUACAGUACUAUUAUUGAAAGUCUAAGCUUCAAGGUCAUUCGAAUUUUGCGGAAACAAAUGAAGACAAAUAUCAUUGAGAAACUUAUUAAACCGUGAAACGACACUUCAAAUUUAACCUUAUAUAUGAACAGGUAAGGAUUAAAUCAAAAUUAGUGUUUGUGACUUUCUAAUAUCGACACGUACAUGUUUUCAUGAAAAAACAUCCGUUAAUUCGAAUAAGAAUAUAGCUACAUAACCUUAACGUAAUAUUAACAUUAUGUGUACACAGUUAAAGUACAUUUUUGAUUACAGCCUUAACUGAUGAGCGUGAAAGUUAUAUUAAUGAAAUAGGUUAACACACAAUCAUCAACUUCCGUGAAACUUAUUAGCCUCGAAGUUUGGACUUCACGAAGUAAUACUGUAUUUAAGUAGUCGUAGAAUCAAAUCCUAUAUUGAAAAUUUUAUGUAUAUUAGGGUGUUAUACAAGUUUAUAUCGUCUUAACAUUUUUGCAUUCCAUUCGUCGUCAUUUGUCAUUCCAUUUUGAUUAU